AUGUCUGAACUCGAUGCCGAUAGCUUCCGUUUCUCUCAAAGCGGCAGCGUUCCAAAGCCGCGGGUCUCACGAUCUUCGCUGCUAGAGAAAUUCCAGGCCGAGAGCUUCCGUUUUUCAAACACAACGCUCCCCGAAAAGGAAAACGCCGAUCCUAAUUUAAACAAAAAAGGCACCGCCACGAAGACUCAUUUUUCGAGUUCUUCACCGCUAAACAAAUACGAUCCCGGAAGUGAAGUUGUUUUGAAAUCAUCGCCGCUCGACAAAUUCGAGAGCUUCAAGGAAGAGUUAUGGGAAAUAUUUAAAGGGACAAACCAAGCGACACCGCCUCAGGUUUUCAUUAAGGGGAGGCACGUUGGGGGAGCGGAGGAAGUCAUGAGGAUGGUGGACCAAGUAUUCUCUAUGCUCCAAGGUAGGGUUUCAAAUCGCGGUCACGAUCGCGUUUUCAGUUAUUUCGAAUUUACCGUGAUUGCGACCGUCGCGGGCGUUAUUACGACCGUCAUGAACGCUAUUGCGGCCGUUGCGAGUAACUCGGAAGACGACAAAACCACUAUAUCACGGUCGAAAUCGCGAUCACGAACCAUUUUUUAA